UUCUCUCAAACUAGCCGUUAGGGGAAGACCAUGAUAACUCUCUCUCUUCCCUCUCCCGCCCAACCCCUCCUCCCACCUUCUUCCAAAACCCUAAACCCUUCCCGCCAAAACAUUAUCCCCUCCUCCCUCUCCCUCAAAAACCCCAACUUCGAGCCCCUCAAGAACCGUCUGAUCCGCCAACUCGACGUGGGCCGCCUCCACCAUGCAUUCUCCACCCUUGAUCUCAUGACCCAGCAAAACGCCCCACCAGAUCUCACCACCUACUCCAUCCUCCUCAAGUCCUGCAUCCGAUUCCGCAACUUCCAACUCGGGAAACUCGUCCACCGGAAGCUAAUGCAGUCUGGACUCGAGCUCGACUCGGUUGUGUUGAACACUCUGAUCAGCUUGUACUCAAAAUGUGGCGACACCGAAACCGCUAGGUUGAUUUUUGAGGGAAUGGGAAAUAAGAGAGACUUGGUUUCAUGGAGUGCGAUGGUCUCAUGUUUUGCGAAUAACAGUAUGGAGUUGCAAGCAAUUUGGACAUUUCUUGAUAUGCUUGAAUUGGGGUUUUACCCGAAUGAGUAUUGCUUUGCGGCCGUGAUUCGGGCUUGUUCAAACGCCAAUUACGCCUGGGUUGGGGAGAUAAUUUAUGGGUUUGUGGUGAAAACCGGGUACCUUGAGGCUGAUGUCUGUGUUGGGUGCGAAUUGAUUGAUAUGUUUGUGAAGGGUAGUGGUGAUUUGGGCUUAGCUUAUAAGGUGUUUGACAAAAUGCCUGAGAGAAAUUUGGUUACUUGGACUUUAAUGAUAACUAGAUUUGCGCAAUUAGGUUGUGCAAGAGAUGCAAUUGAUUUGUUUUUAGAUAUGGAAUUGAGUGGUUAUGUACCGGACCGUUUUACAUAUAGUAGUGUCCUUUCUGCUUGUACAGAAUUAGGAUUGUUAGCACUAGGAAAGCAAUUGCAUUCACGAGUAAUACGUUUAGGAUUGGCAUUGGAUGUUUGUGUUGGUUGUAGCUUGGUGGACAUGUAUGCAAAGUGUGCAGCAGAUGGGUCAGUGGAUGAUUCGAGGAAGGUAUUUGAGCGGAUGCCUGAGCAUAAUGUUAUGUCUUGGACUGCAAUUAUCACAGCGUAUGUGCAAAGUGGAGAGUGUGAUAAGGAAGCUAUUGAACUUUUCUGCAAGAUGAUAUCCGGUCAUAUACGGCCUAAUCAUUUCUCAUUUUCAAGUGUUCUCAAGGCAUGUGGAAACCUUUCUGAUCCAUAUACAGGUGAGCAGGUGUACAGCUGUGCAGUGAAACUGGGCAUAGCAUCAGUGAAUUGUGUGGGGAAUUCUCUUAUUAGCAUGUAUGCUAGGAGUGGAAGAAUGGAAGAUGCCCGAAAAGCUUUUGAUAUUCUCUUUGAGAAGAAUUUGGUUUCUUACAAUGCAAUUGUUGAUGGGUAUGCCAAGAACUUGAAGUCUGAAGAAGCUUUUCUACUCUUUAAUGAGAUCGCAGAUACUGGUAUUGGUAUCAGUGCUUUUACAUUUGCUAGCUUGUUGAGUGGGGCUGCAAGUAUAGGUGCAAUGAGCAAAGGUGAGCAGAUUCAUGGUCGGUUAUUGAAGGGAGGCUACAAGUCAAACCAAUGCAUUUGUAAUGCUUUGAUCUCUAUGUAUUCUAGGUGUGGUAACAUUGAAGCUGCUUUUCAAGUUUUUAAUGACAUGGAAGAUCGGAAUGUGAUAUCUUGGACUUCAAUGAUCACGGGUUUUGCAAAACAUGGAUUUGCAACCAGAGCUUUGGAAAUGUUCCAUCAAAUGCUUGAGACAGGGACAAAGCCGAAUGAGAUCACCUAUGUUGCUGUAUUAUCAGCUUGUAGCCAUGUUGGUAUGAUCUCUGAGGGACAGAAACACUUCAAUUCAAUGUACAAAGAACAUGGAAUUGUCCCAAGAAUGGAGCAUUAUGCAUGUAUGGUUGAUUUACUAGGCCGGUCUGGACUUCUUGUAGAAGCCAUGGAGUUCAUUAACUCAAUGCCCCUCAUGGCUGAUGCUCUGGUUUGGCGAACACUGCUUGGAGCCUGCCGUGUUCAUGGUAAUACAGAGCUUGGAAGACAUGCUGCAGAGAUGAUUCUUGAGCAGGAACCAGAUGACCCAGCAGCAUAUAUCUUACUGUCAAACUUGCAUGCUUCAGCAGGUCAGUGGAAAGACGUAGUGAAGAUCAGAAAAAAUAUGAAAGAGCGUAAUUUGAUCAAAGAAGCUGGCUGUAGUUGGAUUGAGGUAGAAAAUAGGGUGCACAGGUUCCAUGUAGGGGAGACUUCCCACCCUCAAGCCUGGCAGAUUUAUCAAGAACUGGACCAACUGGCUUCCAAAAUAAAGGAGAUGGGUUACAUCCCUGACACAGACUUUGUUCUUCACGACAUAGAAGAAGAACAAAAGGAGCAAUUCCUUUUCCAACACAGUGAGAAAAUAGCAGUGGCAUUUGGGCUUAUAAGCACAAGCCAGUCGAAACCCAUCAGGAUAUUUAAGAAUCUUCGCGUCUGUGGCGAUUGCCAUACUGCAAUAAAGUACAUUUCAAUGGCAACAGGGAGAGAAAUAGUAGUAAGGGACUCUAACCGGUUUCAUCAUAUAAAGAAUGGGGUGUGCUCUUGUAACGAUUACUGGUGAUAACCUACAUGGAAAUGAUAAUCUACAUGGAACCGAGUACAGACGAUGAAAUCUACCGAACACAAGCUCUAUGUUCAAGGCAGGGCCAUUGCCUAAACGCCAGUCUCACGAACUUGUUGGCACUGGGAAUGAUUGAGUUGAACAUUGACGAAUCUGAAGAGGUUGCUUGGGGUACGGUAGAUUCAAUAUGAAGGAAUCUUCUUUCACAAACUCAGAAGCAAUGCAUGGAUUGAUUUCUUUCAAGCUUAAAGCUCAAAAGGGUUCUCUCAGAUUCUAUGAAAAGUCCCUUCAAAAAGGAGCCUCUCUGGUUGGAUUUAGGCAAACUUGCUUUCAGCCCAGAGCCUAAGACAUUUUUUAUUGUUUUGAUAUCAUAUAAACAGAAUAAAAGUGCUUACAUAUGAAUGUAAGUGAUCUGUAUAGUUGAUAUCUGCUGCAUCCUUGUAAAAGUAGGAUGUUUGCCUUCAUCUGCAAAACCCUAUUAUGUAUAAUAAAUUGAACCAUUGUGGUUGAUUUGGGAA